AUGUUUCAUAAAGGUGACAGCCAUAAAUGUGAUCCAUGUAGGAACUCAAACGAGGUCCAUGACAAAAGACACAGAGAAGUUGCCAGACUUAUUCAGAAGCUCCGUCAACUGGAUGCCGGGGAGCCGGCCUGUAGCCCUCUUUCCGCAGAGCUAAAGACAGACACAACAGACGAUGAUGAGAAAGAAAACGCCUUCCGCCAAGAAGAUUAUGCAUAUAUGGUGCCUGGAUCACCAAAAACUCCCAUCCGGAAGCCAAGUGUACUAAAAGUGCCUGGGGCACCAAGGAAGAGCUUCGGAGGAACGCCUGCGGAGCAGAUUAGAAGACAUCUAUUAGAGCAAAAGACCCAAUCGGCUGAAAAAGGAUUCAGCGAGGCGAAAUCACUUGCUGUUGAUAGUCAACAAAUACCUGUUGUCUGUGAAGGGCCAAAACAGGAGCGGCUACCAGCGCACAUAUGGUCAAACAAAGCAGCAGGUUCUAGCCAUAGGCUAAGCAUGAGUUAUAGACCAUCAGGCCUAAGCAAUGUUUAUACUAGCGAUCCAGUACCGAUAUCAAACUCAAACACCAAGGUCAUUGAUAACAGCAGCGAAACACCACAAAAACUGGCAGCGUGGAAGGACAGUGUAGUGCUUGAUGUCGUCGAAAGCAGCGAAGGCGCGCAAGGAAUGUCUAUUACUGAAUCAGUAACUGACACUGAAAGUACUGGAAAGGGACGCCGACCAUCGCAGUUAGCUAAAAUCAAACGCGAAGAAAAGAAAGCUCUCAAACACGCCAAGUCGGUAAAUAAAGCGCUCAGGCGACAGAGUAUGAGUUGUUCAACUAUUAUUAUAACAAGCGAAGAGAUUGAAAAAGUGAACCACGCAAUCCAUGGGAUCAGUAGGUCACAGGCAUGUUUAUCCCUAGAACAAACUAUUAAGGUGUUUAUUGGUCACAUUGCCACACAGACUAGACUCGAUCGUGAGACAUCACACAUCAAGAUAAGCUAUGACGCAGUAGGUGAUCAGAAAUAUGAAGCAUUAUUAGCAGAAAGAUUGAAGCUCCGGUUCGUUAAAGAGACCUUAGCUAGGCUCGACAUUCAGCCGGUCAUUGCAAAAUCGACCAAGGAACGAAGGGUGCUAGUAUUCAAAAUUAUUGAAGCAAUCUUCCUAGACAUUAAGUAUCUUGCGAAUGAAGCCCAUGAGACACUGAAACGAGCUGGCGGAUAUUGGCUCUAUGCCAACAAGAGAGCGUAUCGAAACAUGGUUGAAAACAACAAGGAGGUAGACUGGGAGACUGGGCAGAAGAUUCAGUUCGAGGAUGAGGAGUCGGAUUUGGAAUAA